CGUGGGGUGGCGGGGCCCGCCUGGCCGGACGUGCGGGGGCGGGGACGGCGGAGGGGAAGGGCUGCGGCGAGGGCUCGCCUUCCUCCCUUUGUCAGGAGAGGCGCUGCCGACCGGCCGCCAGGGUCUCUGGCCGCGCGGCAGCGCAUCCGGAAGCCCGGCGGGCGCGCGCGUGACCAGGCCCGCCGGGCGGGGCGAGGCCGGGGGCGGGGCCGGACACACCUGGCAGCGCGCGGACGCCGCGUGCUGCGUCCGCAGGCCUCCGGGGUGCAGGCAGGGUUGGGGACGCCCGGAAGUUCCCUGAUGCCCGCGACGUGCCGAAGGAAUAAGAGCUCUGACCUCUUUGCAAGAGCCUUUGCAGUCUGCCUUCAUAGUUCUCUGCCUUUACCCAAAAACUACAGAAAAUGAACAAAUCCCAGGGAUCAGUUUCAUUCACGGAUGUGACUGUGGACUUCACCCAGGAGGAGUGGGAGCAAUUGGACCCAUCUCAGAGGAUCCUAUACAUGGACGUGAUGCUGGAGAAUUAUAGCAACUUACUAUCAGUGGAGGUGUGGAAGGCUGAUGACCAGAUGGAGAGGGACCACAGAAACCCAGAUGAGCAGGCAAGGCCAUGCAUAAUCUUUAAGAACCAAACCCCCAUUGAGGAAAAAGAUAAUCUCUUUGGAAAAACAUUUAAUCUGAGCACAGACUUUGUUUCUUUAAGACAAGUGCCGUAUAAAUAUGACUUAUGUGAAAAAACCUUGAAAUAUAAUUCAGACCUACUUAAUAGAAGCUAUAUAAGAAAGAAAGCUGAUGAGUGUAAUGGAUUUGGAAAAGCACUCCUCUAUCUGAAGCAAGAGAAAACCCAUACCGGAGUGGAAUACUCUGAAUAUAAUAAAAAUGGAAAAGCCUUCGGCCAUAAAGAAGCCAUUUUUAAACAUCAGAAAAUUAGAAAUUUAGUGCAACCUUUUAUUUGUAAUUACUGUGACAAGGCUUUCCCCUUUAAGUCACUCCUCAUUAGUCAUAAGAGAAUACAUACUGGAGAAAAACCUUAUGAAUGUAAUGUAUGUAAGAAAACCUUCUCCCAUAAGGCAAACCUCAUUAAACAUCAAAGGAUUCAUACCGGGGAGAAACCCUUUGAAUGUCUUGAAUGUGGAAAAGCUUUCACCCACCAGUCAAACCUCAUUGUGCACCAGAGAGCACACAUGGAGAAGAAGCCCUAUGAAUGCAGUGAAUGUGGCAAGACAUUUGCCCAGAAGUUUGAACUUACUACACACCAGAGAAUUCAUACAGGAGAACGACCGUAUGAGUGUAAUGAAUGUGCAAAAACCUUCUUCAAGAAAUCGAAUCUCAUUAUACAUCAGAAAAUUCACACAGGGGAGAAACGCUAUGAGUGCAGUGAAUGUGGGAAAUCCUUUAUCCAGAACUCACAACUCAUUAUACAUAUGAGAACUCACACAGGAGAGAAACCCUAUGAAUGUACUGAAUGCGGCAAAACAUUCAGCCAGAGGUCCACUCUUAGGUUACAUUUGCGGAUCCAUACAGGGGAGAAACCAUAUGAGUGUUCUGAAUGCGGGAAGGCCUUCAGCAGGAAGUCCCGACUCAGUGUUCAUCAAAGAGUUCACAUAGGGGAUAGACCCUGAGACGUCAGCCAUUGUACUGUGGAAAACCCUUCCACCAAACCCUUCCAGUGGGGGAGAAACCUCAUGACGGUACUGAAGGAACAUGGGAAUUCAUACUGAGAUACAGUCUGUUAACUCAGAAACGUAUAAAAAGAGAGUCCCAUAAGAACAUCAUUAUCCUGAAAGUUAGGUAUGACACCCAGCUGAAGAAUACAUAUCAGAAUAUAUCCAACUGUAAAUAGACAUACUUAGCUGUAGUACGAUGAGCUUUUUAAAAUCUUGAAUAAAUUAUUCAAGAAUGAAAUUCUGCACAGCAACAUAAAGGACUACAGACAGUACCUUAGGAAUUUACUAGUUGUAUGUGAGAUUAUGCCAUAAAACACAAAUUGUAUAUUUUAGCUCUGCACAUGUGAAUUUAACACAGUCACUGGGAGUUUGAAAUUCUUGUCCUCUGAUAAUUAGGACACAUCGAACAAGAUUUUCCAUAGUAAACAUCGCAUGUGUUUUUCAGUACCUUUACAGCCCAGUAUGCAUUCUAAAUGCAAUGUGGAACAGAUUUUUAGUAGCCUGUAACAUAUGUCUCCUCUUCCUGCGGGCUGGCAUAUAUAAGUUGGUGUGACCAUUGUUACUGAGCUGCCUCUUAAUAAUAGAAGACACGGUUCCUGAAGUUCUAACCUGCUUCUGGGUUUGCUGAAGAUUUUUUAGAAGCGUUAUUUACAUAAAUAUGCAAGUGAGAGAUAAUUAAGAGAUUUAGAGAGUGAAGGAGACAGAUGUGGGUUCUGUUACUCAGUAUGCACCAGAGACUAAAAAUGGGCUUUUCUCUUUAUGAAUAUCCCCACCCACCAUGCCCUUGUUAUUUUUCAGUGAGGUAUUUACAUACAAAUGCAUGUCUUUUACCAAAAUAUUGUAUAACCCAGAAACUACUUGUAUUUUUGUGUUUCCCUGUUUCUCUUAAUAUUUGAUGAAUUCUUGCAAAAAGUAGGAUGUGUGUGUAUACAAAUGUUACAUUUCAGAGACUUUAGAGGAAAAAUUAUUUUAAGAAACUAUCAAUAAAUGUCUUAUUGCUUUUUAAAAUUUCCGUAUGCAUAGCCCACUUUAGAAAAAAAUUUUUGCAGUGUUCUGUUUAAAGGAGGCAUUUCUACUUUCUUGAGUUUCAUUGUCAUCAACCAAAAGCAUUUUCCUUUGGAACCUGACUUCGUAUAAAUGAUGCCUUCCCUUUAAAGGUUCACAACACUUCAUGAGUUAGACUUUUCAGUGAUCUCUCCAUAUAUUGUUUGAUGAUUAACCCCAAAAACUUCUCUUUUUUUUGCAUAACUCAAAGAUAAACCAUUUUAGGCUUUACUUCAAAUUCACAAGUUCCCUUCCCUGUCAGUCACAAAUCAUGCAUUAGGAUUGUAAAUGGCAAAUGUAACUGGCCUUUUUUUUGUUAUUUUUGAAGAUCAUUGAUAUACUGUGACUGUACAUGAAUGUGAGUGACUUUCUGAACAAAUUUACCAGAACAUCCAUAGACCAAUGAGUCUCUGUCUUGCUAAAUUGUCAUCUGUUAACGGCAGGGAAGCAGGGAAAAGUUAAUUUCAUACACUGCUGUUAGAAAUGUAAAUUGUGACAGCCUCCUUGGAAGUCACUGUGACUCUAUCUUUUAACAUUAAGAAUAAACAUACUCUCCAACCCAGGAGUCUCACUCCUAGGAAUCUAUCCCUAAGAAAAAAAAUAAAGUGCCAGUACUGAAGAUUAUAUGUUUAUCAAUGUAUAUUGUAUUUUUUGGUAAGGACAAAAAAGGAAACAAUGUGAAUGACCAUCAGUAAGGGAAUGAUUGAAUAAACUGUGGUAAUAAUAGACAUAAUAAAUAAUCAUGGCUGGAUGGUAUUCUAUGGAAAAUAUGGUGUGUGUGUGUGUGUGUGUGCGCGUGUGUACCAAGUUUUGUAAAAUAAAAGA